AGGGUUUCUGCAAUGACUUCCAUUUCCUAAAGCGCAUUUUGCGAGCGACGCUGCGAACGUGCGCUCAGCAACAACAACAACAACGAAACAAAAAACAAAACAAAAGAAAACCCGCGCAAACGCCGAUGAACUGAUGAACUUCUCACUUUGACUGAGAAGUAGAAAGAAAAGACCCGCGCGGGGGGGGAAAUAGAUCCCGACUAUCCGAUCGAUCCUCACUCAUCACAGGAAUUACCUCGCGCGCUGUCCCGACCAGAACCUUUGACAUUCAAGAUAUUAACGGAUAACCGUUACUGGGCACAUACAAGCCAAAAAGAAUCAGUUCCUGCUUGGACGAUGGACCCAACACAGUCAGAGAUGGCCAUCUUAUCCAAUGGCAAAAGCCACGACCUCGAAGGUGACUUAGCGAUGCCGAUGAAGACAUUGCCAGAAGAAGAUCAAAAUGGCACUCAAACAGUGAGAUUCGACGAUGUCGACGGAGGACUGGAGAGUGAGGAAUUUUUGCCCAAUGCGGAUGGAGAGAAACACAUACGCUUCAAAGAUUUUGAAGGAAAGACGUCUUUUGGCAUGUCCGUCUUCAACCUGGGUAAUGCUAUUAUGGGCAGUGGAAUCCUGGGACUGGCGUACGCCAUGGCAAACACUGGCAUACUCCUCUUCUUGUUUCUUCUGACUGCAGUGGCAGCCUUGUCAUCUUACUCCAUUCAUCUGCUGCUGAAAUCCUCUGGCAUUGUGGGAAUUCGAGCUUAUGAAGAGCUGGGCAACAGGGCUUUUGGCACUCCUGGAAAAAUGGCUGCUGGUAUAGCAAUUACCCUGCAGAACAUUGGAGCCAUGUCCAGCUACCUGUACAUUGUCAAAUCUGAGUUGCCGCUGGUCAUCCAAGCUUUCCUGAGAGCGGAUCCAAACUCCGAUCUGUGGUACUUAAAUGGAAACUACCUGGUCAUCAUGGUCUCUGCCAGCAUCAUCCUGCCGCUGGCUUUAAUGAAGCAGCUCGGAUACCUCGGCUACACCAGUGGAUUUUCUCUCAGCUGUAUGGUGUUUUUUCUCUCUGCAGUCAUCUACAAGACCUUUCAGAUCUCCUGUCCUUUCGAAGAGUUCUCGGCCAACGCUACCGCUGCCCACCUCAGCCCGAAUGUCUCAAGUCACGGCCAUGAUUACAACAACGGCCCGGUUCACAACGAGUCCCACUGCUCCCCACGCAUGAUCAACAUCAACUCGCAGACAGCAUACACCGUCCCCAUCUUGGCCUUCGCCUUUGUUUGCCACCCGGAGGUCCUCCCCAUCUACACCGAGCUCCGCGAUCCAACGCAGAAGAAGAUGCAGAAGGUGUCCAACAUCUCCAUCUUGGUCAUGUACAGCAUGUACUUUCUGGCCGCUCUCUUUGGUUACCUGACCUUCUACGGCAAUGUGGAGCCUGAACUGCUGCACACGUACAGCCGGAUUGACCCGUACGACACUUUGAUCCUGUGCGUUAGAGUUGCCGUCCUCACAGCCGUGACGCUGACCGUCCCUAUUGUGUUGUUCCCUGUACGUAGAGCGAUCCAGCACAUGGCGUUCCCCAAAAAGUCCUUCAGCUGGCUGCGUCACGUCGGCAUUGCUCUCGUUCUGCUCACCAUCAUCAACAUGCUGGUGAUAUUUGCUCCAAACAUUCUGGGCAUCUUCGGCAUCAUUGGUGCAACGUCGGCUCCCUGCCUCAUUUUCAUCUUCCCUGCUGUCUUUUACAUCCGCAUUGUUCCCAAAGAAGAUGAACCCAUGAACUCUGUUCCUAAGAUACUGGCGGCCUGUUUUGCGGCUCUGGGUGUCUCUCUCAUGGUAAUGAGUCUGAGCUUCAUACUCAUCGACUGGACUACAGGGGGGGGCCAAGCUGCCGGAGGCCACUAGAUGCUGCUUUGUGGUGUUUGUGAGCUUUGGAGGGAAAUAACCGGUCAAUGUAAAGGGAACACCGUCACAUCGGUGGCAUCACUACAGGGUAAACUAAAUAAACUCCAGGCCGCUUGGAAUCACGCCGCAAUCGUUGGCGUUAAAUUCGCUUUUUGCGAGCAAAAUACCCGUCGCGUAACGACACAAUUCAUUUCACAUGCAAUAGUAAUCCAAUUUCUACAAAUGAUCAGGACUAAACAGGGUGUUUGUUUAUCAACACACAAACAACUGCAGUUGGUACCGUCCAGAAAGAGAAGACACGAUUGUCUGUGAGGCGGGUGACGUGAAUGCGUUAAGGUACGCAAGUCAUUUUGUACACACAUUUUUAUUAUUUUCCACUGUACGAGCACAAGAGAAUGGUCGGAUGUUCUCAUCCUGACCAGCUGCUCUCUGAACUGUUGAUCACGAUGUACCACAAACAAAUCAGUGCUUUAAGGCCUUAAGAGUGCAGAUGACAUUUCAUUCUGUGAUCUGUGGUGUGGUUACGAAUCAUACGAAGCUUCUGUUCCAGAUCAGCGAACUUCAGAAACCCUGGUGCCCUUACUGCAUUAGGAAAAGCACACAAACACACAGCAUGAACUGGAUUGUAUAUUUAUUCAGCCACUUUAUCUUUUCUAAUUUCAAAUGGACUAUAUUUAACUACUUUAUAUGAUAAAGGCAAUGAUCCAAAUGUAUCGUAGCUUACAGCACAUAGAUGAUGGACGGAGUUAUGAAUUAUGAUAUUUUUUAUAAGAUUCAAAGAGCUCGAUCUUAGUAACUCAUACCUCCCCUUGCAGAACUUUUAGGACAGAUAUUCCAAACUGUGACCUUCAAUAUAAUCCAAGUCGGAAUUACGUUUUUUUAACUGACUCACAGCCGUGAGUCUAAAUAUGAAAUCUCUUCAAAUCUUGAUACCUCCUUUCAAUUUCUCAUUACAUUUAAUAUUAUACUUAUAAUUUAUUUUUCAUAGAUUUUGUGAAAAUUCAAAGUGAAAUGAACACCCUUAUUUACAUUAUUGAAAAUAGUUACAUAAUAAGAUUUUGCAAAGGUUAAACUCCUCCCAGACCCUCGAAAGCUCACUAACACAUGUUUAAAUGCAGAAGUCUAGAUCUUUUUGAAUGUACUUGCUCAGGUUUUGUCACAGAAGUAUGCUGACACCUAAAGUAAUGUACAUAUCUUAAAACCUAUGCAAAUAAACCAAAACAAAAAAAACUAUCUUGACCAGAAACCAAUUUGGAUCAGUUAGAAAAUGUGAUUUAAAAAAAAUGAUUUGGUUGAAUCGCACCAAAGCUCGAACAUGUUAGUGAAGGCAACAUGAGUUGCAAAGAUAAAUCCGCUGGUGGGAUUUUUUUUUAAGUUUGAAGAUGUUUACGUAUAUACAUGUAUAAGAUGUAUAUACUUUUGUGAUUCUCUUGCCUGAUCUAGUUUCCCCCUUGUUGACAAUUUAGACCCGGCGUUAAUGUUUUGCAUGGUGUUAUGUCUAAUCCGUCCUGUAGUUGGUUGAGUGAACACAGCGAUGCAAAGCAUAGAUGUUAUUGUACAACUGUACAUUUGGUAUCUUACAGUAAAGUACAUUGAAGUCCCAGUAUGUGCUACAGUUAAUAUAAAUAUUAUGUAGCCCUUCUUAAUAGAUGCUACAUUAAAUAAAUCAACAUUGCUCUUGUGAUGACCUGUAGGUGUCAAAUGACAUUUCAUUAUUAACAAAUCACAAAUUAACAAGUUUAAAAAAGCUGCACACACAAGAAAUUGAAAUGUUAAAUCAAAUAUUUGUGCUCUUCUACAAAGGUGGUCUUAUAUUGUAUUGCAAGCCUCAGGCUUCAGAAAAGUCCUGCAUAAGUACUUACUUUUCCAAAUGUAUUUAUAUAGUAACUAUUCCUUCAGUAGUUGUGAUUUUUAUGGAUAAAUUAUGAAUAACAUAGUAAUAAUUAUACACAUACCAACCUCCGUCCCUUGCUUUUCCACAUGUAUUUACAAUGGUAGUAGUGGUGCAAAUGAAAGUGUAGUUUUGUCAUGUUUGGUGAGUUUUUCUUCACUUUAAGGUAUCGUACAAAAACAAAAACUGACUUGCUACACCUUUGAAAUGACUAACUUCUAAACAGGUGCCACGGUUUUAAUACCAGACACAGUAUAACAAUGAUGGAUUUUAAAUGAACUCAAAUUCUGUGUGGUAUUUUAUUAUAGCUGCUAGAUAGACUCAUAAAAAUGAAACAACUAUUAUAUAAUAUGGUAUAUGAAUUUUGGUGAAUAAGACGUGGCUUUAUAUGAAUAAUGUAUAUAAAUGUAAACCUUUUAUAUUUGCGAUGCAUAUUUACAAUAGCUUGUAAAGUGUAAAUAGCGGGGACAGUUUUAGUUUGCCAAUAAAAUAAUUGUAGAUGUUUUUA